UUUCCGUCGGAAACGUUUUGGCCACACCUAUUAUCAACCAGCGGAUAGAUGGGUUAGCAACACAGGCCAAUGUUUGCGACUACAUAAACAUAGUCAGCUAAAUAAACACGUAUUAUUAAUUUAAAACGUUAUAUAUUUUGUCGGCAUAUCAACAUAUAAUUAUGGAUUCCGUCAACGCUUUCAACUUGGAGUUAUUCUCCAUGAUUGACAUGAAGCCUCCAAUAUCACGAGCAAAGAUGAUGUCAGUCACUAAAUCAGCAAUAAAGGCUAUCAAGCUAUACAAGCAUGUCGUCCAGAUUGUGGAGAAGUUCAUCAAGAAGUGUAAGCCAGAGCUGAAGGUUCCUGGUCUAUACGUGGUGGAUUCCAUAGUCCGACAGUCCCGACAUCAGUUUGGAGUGGAUAAGGACGUCUAUGGACCCAGGUUCCAAAAGAACUUCACCGCGACAUUCCAGAACCUCUACCUCUGUCCACACGAUGACAAGAGUAAGAUCAUCCGUGUUCUCAACCUGUGGCAAAAGAACGCUGUGUUUGAGAUGGACGUUGUCCAGCCCCUGUUGGACAUGGCUGCUGGCUCCUUAGUCCCUACUCCCUCCCCCCAGGAGGACCCCCAGCCCCAGGUGCCCAGUGCCUCUAUAGCAUCAGUCCAGACCCCAGUCUCCAGUGCCUCCAUAGCAGCAGCCCUGCCCCAAGUCUCCAGGGCCUCCAUAGCAGCAGCCCUGCCCCAAGUCUCCAGGGCCUCCAUAGCAGCAGCCCUGCCCCAAGUCUCCAGGGCCUCCAUAGCAGCAGCCCUGCCCCAGCUCCCCCCACAGCUCCAGAACCCGGAGGCCCUGGCUGCUGUGGCACAGCUUUUCCAGUCUGGACAAGGACACGAGCUUCAGAAGAUCCUCCAGAGGUUCCAGCCAGGGCAACAGACUCCCCCUGUGGUUCCAAACACCAUGGCAGACCAGAACCACCCACAUGUGGUCCAAGGCCAGCAUAAUACACACCACCCACCGUUGAACACACACCAGACACAUCCUACGGAGCAGAAAAACUCACUAGCUAAGAAACUCCUGGACCGUUUUGAUUAUGACGACGAACCAGAAGAAGUGAAGAGAGAGGAGGUGAAUCCCCUUGUUCCAGGGAACCAGUACGACGGCCAUUUUCCUGGUCCGAUGCAGCCCGACAUGGAGCAACAGUUUCAGGGCCAGCCUGGGAGACAGCAGACACCUGGUGGAGGAUACCCUGGUCUUAACAAGGGCUACAGCCAGAGCCAGCACACUGACCAGGGAAACCCCAGAGAAAGAGAAGAUCCGCCUGGGAGGAGGGAGGGGAGGCAGUGGGGUCAUGGCAGGAGGUCACGCUCCAGGUCUGGCUCUCGUUCUCCCAGGAGAAAGAGGUCCCCCGGUUCUCCCUCCCGGAAGCCCCGACACUCCUCCCAGCGCUCCGGGUCCCGCUCCAGGGAGAGUCGCUGGAACUCCCCUCGCUCCCGCUCGCAGGAGAGGAAGGAGAGAGAGAAGGACAAAGACCGUAGACAGAAAGGUCUGCCCAGCAUCAAGAGCCAGACACUCAGUGUUUGCACCACGACUCUGUGGGUGGGCCAGCUGGACAAGAAGACUUCUCAGCAGGACGUCAUGUGUUUACUAGAGGAGUUUGGGCAGAUAGACUCCAUCAAUAUGAUCCCUCCUCGUGGAUGUGCCUACAUAGUGAUGGUCCACAGGCAGGAUGCCUACAGAGCUCUACACAAACUCGGCAGAGGAUCCUUCAAGGUCAACCAGAAGGCUAUCAAGAUUGCGUGGGCCUUGAACAAGGGUAUAAAGGCGACCCAUAAGAAGUUCUGGGACGUGGAGCGAGGCGUCACCUACAUCCCCUGGAACAAGGUGAAGAUGGAGGAGCUGGAGGGGUCCAGGGAGGGAGGCAUGCUGGACGCAGACACACUCUGUCCAGAGUGGGGAGAGGACGUGAAGGAGCUGACUAAACCAGGAGGACUGAACAACGGAGGAGGAGUGGAUGCCAUGGAAACCGAGGGAGAUGCCACCGCCCACGUACAGGUGCCUCCAGUCCAGCCAAUAGGGUCUGUGGGUGGUCCCCCUGGCCCCCCACCCCCCUCUCUCACCCCCGGUGGACCCCCUUCCUUCCUGCCCGCUGGCUUCAACCCCACACAGAUACCUCCAGGUAACACUUGGUGCAACAGUAUGGAACUGAAUCAAAUAACUAGAGGAUCACAAACAAACAUGGUCCCCCCCUCAGAUUGUCAUUGUAGAAUUAAAACAUAUUUGUUAUGAAAUAUACAAGAGGUCCAAACUAACCUUUUUAUAAUCACGAACGCGUUUGAAGAUAUGUUGUUAGUCCCUUUGUUUGAUUUGAAC